AUGGAAUAUUCUGGUGAUACUGAUGCGUGGUCAUGGUCAUGCAUAGAAAAUUCGAUGUUUGAACUUGACGAGAACAUCAGUCGUCUCAAAGGGGACCGCAGUAGCCUUUGCAGGGAAGUAAAUGUCAUGAUAUCAAUACUGGAGCCGUCUAUCAGCCUUUAUGAUGACCCAACCUACGUGAAUCUCAAUCAGACGCAACUCAAUCACAACACUUAUCAUUUCGGUGACCGCUUCAAGGGCUUGUUCCUCUUCUUACGAGAGACCAAAGCUCGUCAGUCACUGCUUUCUUCUCUACAAAAAGAAAUUGAAAAACUGCUGAAUCUUCACACGAACUGCGAUUUGGCCACGACGGAUGAAGCACGGUUUUUCACUGAUAUCGUUCUUUUCGCAACUGUGAUCGACGACCGUUUACGACGAAUCCGAAGACAAUCAGACGAUCAGUUCAACGCCAUUGCAAACAAACUGACAAAAAUAGAAAAGAAAGGUCGUGCAGGAACGUUCUCACUUCUAUCGACUUUCCACGAAUUUCUGCUGAGAAUUUUCACACGGAAACCCAUGAAAAACUAG